UUAUUUCUCAGAUUCAUAACAUGUAUUGGUUAGAUGGAGGUCAUGCAGGUGGUAGCAAGACAUGGAUUACGGCACCUGCCAUCUUAAAGUCUCUUGCUGCUUUAAAGCACAUAAAUAUCUUCAUACAUGUUACUCCUUAUCAGGUACGAGAUGAGCAAAGACCAUGGAUAAGAAAGGAAUGUAAAGCAUUUUAUGACAUCUUGCGUAGAGCAGGAGCCAAGGUCAACUACUCUCUCCAUUUUGAAGAUGAGCCAGCUUCUUUAAUAUUGCAUUUUAGAAUUCUCAACAAGUUUAUCUGAGACAUCCAGUAUUGUUCCCUCUACAGCAAUGUAAAUUAUGUUAUAUAAAAUUGUCGAGGGUUUCUUACAGGAUACUGGUCUCAAUUUUCAGUAAGAUAAU